UACCUACUAUCUCGUUGCACUUUCUCAGUGAAACUCACGGAGAACUACUCGUAACGGUGAAUUAAAUUAUUUUGUCCGUCAACCCUUUUGUAAAGUAACUUUUUUUUUUUUUUUUUGACAACAAAACUGUUUUUACAUCAUGCGAAUUAUUAUUCUGGUUUAUCUAACGAUAACCCUAGUCUAUGCACGCCGAGUCCAAUUGCGCCCUCAAGCAGCAGUGCCGCAGAUCUACUACGAAGAUGAAGACGCGCGAGUAUCCGCCGCUGAAGAAGUAGACAUAGAAGACGGCGAGGGUUACCUAUCCCACCGCCAACAACAAGAAUACCAACCACGAACUCGAGCGCUUCCAUCCCCGCGCUCUAAAGACAUAUCAAGCCCUUCAAAGCUUCCACCAGUCCAAACAAUCCGUAACUACAACAAAGUAAACGACGACGGGUCAUUCACCUUCGGAUACGAAGCCGCGGACGGUUCUUUCAAGGAAGAAACCCGAGGUACCGACUGCGUAGUCCGCGGAAAGUACGGUUACAUCGACCCAGACGGCAACCGUCGUGAAUUCGAGUACGUUUCCGGAAACCCUUGCGACCCGAACGCUCCAAAGGAAGAAGACGAUGAAUUACCCAGCAAGCAGGAGCCAGAUGAAGUUGGCGGCCCAGCAAACUAUCCACUGAUCCGCCCUAGACCCGUUCCUCAAAACUACCCCCGAAAGUCCACAGCUCGUCCACCCACAACCAUUUUCCAAAGCGAGCUGAAUCUAGAAGACGAGGAAGCCAGCCAAGAAUUGAAAGCUAACGACGAACCCGCAAUUCGACCGACUUACCGUCCGAAGCCUCGUCCGAAUUACCUCCAGGUUUCUCCAGUCCAGGGCGAGAAUCUCUCUUACGAAAGUCCAAAUGCCGUCACCCAUUCCGCAAGCACCACUGCCAGCCCUGUCUAUCGAGUAACUUCUCCAGCGCCUCGGUACCACAGCUUAGCAAGUCCCACAACUUCACGCCACGUGCCCACACCAUCUUACCAAGCUCUGGAGUCAACUUCACCUCGUCCACAAUCGACAGUCGCCAUCACCCCAAGGCCCCACGUCUUGCAAAUUGCUUCUCAAUACGUCUCGCCCACCAGCACCGAAAGGCCCGGAGUCGUCUACGCCAGACAAAGGAGCACCACUGCCAAUUCUUUGAUACCUUCACCGUCUUCCAAUGACGUACACCUGAACUUCGCUGCAGAACUGGAACGAUACGUUAAAACUGUCCCGGUAACGAACCGACCUGUUACCAAAGUCUCCUCUGUCAAGGCAGAGCCAAUUUACCAAUCAGAGCUGGUCUACGAUCCUAGCAGUGGACAGUACAACACACAAUUGUACCAAAGCUUGCCGCAAACUCUGGGAGACUUUAGGGUCAAUCAUAAAUUGCAGCCGUAUGUGGCUCAGCAGGAAGCUCAGGCUCAUGCCGCUCUUCAACAGCAGCAGAGACACCAACAGCUACAGCAGCAAAGACAACAGUACCAGGCCCAACAGGCCCAACAGGCUCCUCGACCCACUUCCAGACCUCAACCUCAGGAGACUAUCUAUCGCCAACAGCAAACUGAUCAGUUGCUACAGUCCCAGCAGCUUUUUGCUCAGCAGCAACAACGCCAACAGCAACAACAACAGCCGGAGCCCAAGUAUCAGUAUCUUGCUUCUCAGAGAGAUCCUAAUUCUUAUUAUUAUGCUGUUGCUCCGUCACAGAAUCAGAGAGAAGCUCCGCUUUCCUUGAGCCAGAUUGAUCAGUUCUUGCGUGGUAGCACUGCUGGGUUUCAGUUAGCUUAAGAAAGAAAACUGUCUUAGAGAGGUUUAAGAGUGAGAGUAUGGGCCGUUGAAAGAGUCAUGUGGGGCAAGUGUGCGCAUUUUAAUUGGUGUCAAAAUUAAACAAGCUGAGUAUUUAUUUAGGUAAUAAUUGAAUUGAGAAAUAAAAUCUUAAAUUUUAAAUUUGAAGAAAGGGAGUAAUCUGGAUGAUUAAAAAUGUGCACACUUACUCUGUACUAAGGGUAGUGUGCGCACUCAUGGGGGUAAAUUUGCGCAACUAAGGGAACUAAGUGGAUUUUUAAUGCCCUAAGCAGACUGAUUUUAAUAAUACUUAGAUAACUUUAUUGAGACAUAACAUAACUUGAAAUGUUAUGCUAAAUAAAAAGCUCAAGUACAUUAUUAACAGAAAACAAAAUUAAUUUACUUUAGUUACUUUCCUUAGUACAGUGUGACAAUCUUUGCCUUGACAGUAAAUUUUACCUUUACGCCACAAGAUUCUUAAUAUUUUACUUUUUAAGUAAACGAAUGAUACCAUAUGGGUUUUUCUUGCAUAAGCUAAUUUUUCACCAACAAACCUUUAAUUUGCCUACACAUAUCACAAACUUCCCCCUCCCCAUUGAUAAAUAAAGAGGUUGCGCUCACUUACCCGCUGCGCACAGUUACUCCACGUGACUCUAUGCAUAAUUAGGGUUCUUUUAUCCAAUUUAUGAUCAUUUAAACAGCGGCUAUUAUAUAUUAUGUAUUAUGUUUGAUGUGUGGGUAUACACUUUUAAUAUUAUUAUUUUCAUGAUAAUAGAUUUCGAUUUGUGAGGAGCUUUGGAUCAAAAGGUUAUUUUUGCAUUUGCGGAAGUACUGUGUGAAAAAAUUGUUAGAAUUUGGAAACUAAUGUUAAAAAAUUGAAGAUUUUGAAAAAUUAGAGUUUAUAUUGUUAUGAUUGAAAGCUUCUCGAGUAAUUUGUAAAUUUUUAAUUAUUUUUAUUCCGUUAAAUCGAUGGCACAUUAUGAAUAUAUCGUUGAUACUGUUUAAUACUCAAUUGCAAGUCGCAGUUGCCAAAAUAAUGUUUUUUUUUUCUUAGGAUUAAGAUUUCUAUAAUGUUAAUGGAUCAGUUAAAUCGUUUUAUCGUUGUUCCUAUUUGUGUUAAAUUGAAAAUAAAUAUUUCGUUUGUUUUUUAUACAA